AUGUCAGAAAUAAUUCUUGAACAACCAAUUGAUUUAUCCAAAGUGUGUAUUUUCACCAGUAUCUCGCUUGUAUGUGCUGUUUUGGUGAUUUCUAGAGUCAAUGAAAAAGUCCACUCAGCCUUAGUUUUCGCUUGGGCAUGCUUCUUCAAACCUAUUAUUAAUAAGGUUACUAAAAAGCCUACCGAACAGCAACAAUCUUUAGAGCUCUUCUACAAAAACCAAGCGCAUGUGUAUGAUAAAACGAGAGAGGUAUUGUUAAAAGGACGUAAAGAAUGCUUGAGGUUGGCCACAGCACAUCUCUCCAAGAAGAAAAACCUUGUUUGGGUCGAUAUUGGAGGGGGUACAGGAUCCAACAUUGAGUACAUGGAUCAGGUAAUGUCAAUUUCCAAGAAUUUCAAGGCCGUCUAUCUCGUCGAUUUAUCACCAUCGUUGUGCGAAGUUGCGAAAAAAAGGUUUGCUGAUAAGCGUUGGAGUAAUGUGCAUGUUAUAGUUGCAGAUGCUUGUGACUUUGGUAUUGGGUAUGAAAAGGCCGACUUGGUCACCUUCUCAUACUCCUUGUCUAUGAUUCCAACUUUUCAUGGUGCUGUUGAUCAUGCUGUUAAGUUAUUGGACAAAGCAGGUGUUAUUGCCUGCGUAGAUUUCGGAGUGCAGACCGAGGAAUCUUCGAUUGGUAGAGUGAAUACUUUAGGAGGUAUUGUUAACAGAAAUAUUCCAUGGGUUUUAAGAAACUUCUGGCGUAUAUGGUUUGAAGCAGACAAGGUAUUCUUGGACCUGUCGAGAAGACAUUAUCUUGAAUACAAGUUUGGUACCAUUAAAUCACUCAACUGUUACAAUAAUAAAUUGGGACGUAUUCCUUAUUAUAUUUGGGUUGGCUGUGACAAGUCUAAGUCGUCUUCAUUAUUAACUAGAAUCAACUGCUUGGCAACUGAAUCACCAUAUCUUGCUCCAUCUGAUGAUAAGAACAAGGAAAUUGAUAUGCCUAUAUCAAAGGGACACGAAGCUGCUCUUAUAAAUUUCCAGAAGAAUUUGCCUUAUCCAUCUAUCUAUUACCAAAAAGAAAUCUGGAGAGUUUACUUUAAUGAAAUUAGAGACCAAUAUGCACAGUUCAAGAACCAAUAUGUUUACGCAUUUACUUGGGAAGAUCCUCGUGAAGAUCAUAACAUUUUGAAGUUUACUUCUGAAGAUACCGUCUUGGCAAUCACUUCAGCUGGGGAUAACAUUUUGUCCUAUGCUACUUUGCCAAACCCUCCAAAAAGAAUUCAUGCUGUUGAUUUAAAUCCAUGUCAAAACCAUCUUCUAGAAUUAAAACUCGCUUCCUUCAGAGCUUUGUCUAGGGAUCAGAUCUGGUCCAUUUUUGGUGAAGGUAAAAUUAACAAUUUCAAGGAUUUGUUGGUUGAUAAAUUGAGUCCUCAUGUCUCGUCCAAUACAUUCCAAUACUGGAUGGAUAGAGGUGACAAAACAUUUAAUCCAAAAGGUAACGGUUUGUAUGACACUGGUUCCACUAGAUGGGCCUUGAGGCUAGCUAAAUGGGUAUUCAAAAUCUGUGGAGUAACAAAGUACGUAGAUAUGCUCUGCGAAUGUGAUACCUUGGAAGAACAACAAAGAAUUUGGAACGAGAACAUAAAGCCUACCUUAUUCAACCCAUUCGUUAGCUCAUUGCUCAUUGGUAACCCUAUAUUCUUAUGGAAGGCAUUGGGAGUUCCAGCUAACCAAGCAGCCAUGAUGGGCAAUUCGAUUUUAAAAUACGUUGUCGAUACUUUUGAUCCGGUCAUUAAGAGAUCGCUUAUCUCUAAAGACAACUAUUUCUAUUAUUUAACUUUGAAGGGCAAGUAUGUCCCUGAAAACUGUCCUGAUUAUUUGACAGAAAAAGGUCAUAGAAACCUUACUACAACCAACAAAACGUCUAAAGAAGCUCCAAUUGAUAACAUAAGAUUACAUACCGACAUGCUUAACGAUGUUUUUGCUAGAUUGAGCAAAAAAUCUUUGUCCAUUGCUAUUAUUAUGGAUCACAUGGACUGGUUCGAUCCAAAGGGUGAAGAUGCUUUGAACGAAAUCACAGCAUUGAAGAACUGUUUAAAUACCAAUGGAAGAGUCUUGUUGAGGUCUGCUUCUACAAACCCAUGGUACAUCAAAACAUUUGAAAACCUUGGCUUCAGUUGCAAAGCUGCUGGUGUUAGAGAUACCGGUAUUUCUAUUGACAGAAUCAACAUGUAUGCGUCAACCUGGGUAUGCACAAAGCUCGAUGAUCAAAUUCCUGCUAAUCGUCGUCGUAUGAGUAGUUUGAAAAUUUAG